AUGUCGAAUAGUCUCAACCUAAAUCCUAUGGAGAAAGCAAAGAUGUUCCAAGUUAAGCGGUGGAUGCAUGAACUUUUCUCCCAAGUUUUGACACGUAAAGAUCUGUCAAAAGCUGGAGAAUUGUUUUCCCUCGAAGAUAAUGACAUAAAGAAUGACUUGACAGCUGUUUUAGAAAGCAUUUGUGAGAUUGCUAAGAGUCCGGAGUAUGCUUCCAGCGACAAUAAUCAGAGUGUGGUUGAAAUCUGCAUUACUCGUGUGACCUCAGCUAUAAGAGAAACACACAGUAUUGAGGAGAAUGUUGUUGGGCUGGUUAAACUACUGGAAGUAUGUAACACACACAACUUGAAGCAAUCAGUCAAAGAUACAGACCCACCACAUGUUAAAAUAGCAUCGGAUAUUAUGAGCUGCCUGUUCAUGCACUAUGGCAAAGAGAAGGUGAUGACACUAGCUAUACCGGUUGCUGUGAAAUUUCUGACCUGUGACCAUAAAGAGUUGAGCCAUAAUGUUGCCAGUUAUCUUUCUUUGGCAGCCAUUGACAAUGCAGAUAUGUUGGCAAAGUACAUGGACCUUAUUGUUUCAAGUAUUUUGAAAGGAAAAUGUGCCCUUGCCCGUGUACUACCCCAGAUUUUCACACAGAACUGUGACCCGGUCCUGCAACAUGUUGAUGAGCUGGUUGGGAUGCUAGAACAGUGCGGUGUGUCUGAAAGAGUCAGUCUGUUACAGGUUUUUGGCUUGAUAGCGAAAUCAAAACCUAAGGUUCUAGAAAAGCACAUAUCACUAUUUUGUAAAUAUGUCUCAGUUAGUACGCUUCUUCCAUUAAUACUGACCAUGUUUGUUGACAUGGCAACAGCUAAUCCAGUUGUGUUUGUUGAUCAUGUGACGUCUUUGAAGGAAAUCGCUGAACAACAGCCAGUUUAUAUACACCAGGUUGUGCAAAUAAUUGGUGCACUAGGUACUGUAUCACAGCUUAUAAUGUUCCAGUGA